CUCCAUCUUCAUAAAAUAGCUUACCAUGUAUGCUCAUCAUGAUGGGAUUUGGCAUCGGAGUAUCUCAGCUAGGUUCAUCUCUACCAGUUUGGGUUCUCUACCUUCAAAACGGUCUGACAGCAGCUGCCGUUGGUCUUGUUGCACUUGCGGCAUACAAGCUUGGAAUCAAACUUUUAGUAGAUCCAAUCUGCAGUGCUCUUGGUGCCUUUUCCGCCAUCAUGGCGAUUAAUCUAUACAAGGAAGUUUGGCUGUUUCCUGUACUAAUGAUUGUUGGCGGUAUAGUGUCGUGGAGCGAAGCCAUGUAUCUGGAAUACCUUGACCGAAAAGAGCGGCAAAGAAUUACAACUUAUCAUGCAGAGAGCGAUGCACUUGGUUCUGGCUGCAAUACUAUAAAUCAGAACAUUUCCGUCACGACGAUGCCUGCCGAAAACGAUGAUUUUACAGUUCAAUUUAGCUACACUCCCAAAACUGGUCUAAUUAUACUUGGUGUCUGGUUACUUUUUCUGAUUGUUGCGAUUGGUUUGCGUGCCUUGACUACCGUUCGCCCACUCAGUGUGCUGGGUACUCUUUACUUUGUCGGUUCCAUUAUUUUCGGAGGUGGUCCAGUAGUCAUUCCUCUUUUGCAAAACUACGUCGUGACCAACUCUUGGCUCAGCGACUCGGAGUUUCUGAUUGGUCUUGCCAUCAUCAAUGCACUUCCAGGACCUAAUUUUAACAUUGCAUCCUAUGUUGGCGCGUUGGCAUUGCGUGGAUCGAUUGGCUCGAGCAUCAGUGGAGCCAUUCUUGCCAACAUUGGCAUCUUCCUUCCUGGUCUUUUACUCAUGACUGGUAUUAUGCCUCUGUGGAACCGGUAUCGCUCAUUCAAGUCGAUUCAGUCAAUCUUCAAGGGUGUAAAUGCUGCUGCUGUAGGCUUGGUUGUUGCAGCUGUAUAUCUACUGGGCCAAAAGGCAUACGCGCCACCUGCUAGCAAUGGUCUUGGCAUUGUAGAUUCUCUUGUUGGUCAUCCAGUGUAUCUUGGGAUUGCGGUGUUUUCCUACACUGCAUCUGGAUUUUUAAAGCUGCCUACACCUUUGGCUAUUGUUGUUGGUGGUCUUGUUGGCAUGAUUGACUGGCUUACGCAUAGAAUGUGAUUUUGACUGAAUCUCUAUUACAAUCCCAACUAUAAAAUAAAGGAAUACACUGUAAGUU